AUGAUCGAUGCUCUCGAUAAAGAGCCGGAGGCGCACGUGAAAGCCCUGCACCGCAGCUGCUGGGAUUGUCCCACAAUGUGUUUCUGGCAGAAUCUGGAGACGAUUGUCUCCGACUGCAUCGGCCUGGCCAUCACCAACGACCGGCUGCCGGACGACGGCAUCGACGGCCGACGGGACCGCGGCAUUCUCGUCUGGCAGCGUUAUACUGUCCACCCACGCGCUUUAUGCUGUUUGUACUUGAUGCAGGUCAUGCACCAGCUGCUGGACAAAGAUCUCUACAAAAGCCACCGCAACGGCGCGGGAUUGCCGGCGCUUGUCGGGGAAAUUAGUCUGGAAGACCAGAGAGAAGCCAUCCCGGUGGCCAGAGCGACCGUCGGCGAAGAGAAUAUAGUGAGACCGGCGGAGUCGGAGGACUCUAGCGCCCUGGACGAGGACAACAAGGACUGGGAGAGCAAGCUGCGCUGCACGGUGUUCAAGCCGCGCCGGCGGCACUCCAACCACCUCGCGGGCGGCAUCGACAGCUCCGCGCCGGAGACGACCAGCAGCGACAACAGUCCGACGCUGAUCCGGCGCUUCCCGCGGCUCGGGGCGGGCGCCAAGGGCAACGAGGCCGACAGCGCCAGCAGCGGCGACUCCAGCUCCGACUCGCGCGACUCCUCCUUCCGCCGCGACGACGACCUAAGCCAGUGCGUGCCGGCGCCGCCCAGGGCGGUCGUCCCGGCCCCUGCGCCGGCGGCGGUGCCCGUGGUGGACAGUCUGGCGCGCAGCUCGACGCCCUGCGCGCGCAACGGCAAGCGCAACGCCAAGAAGUCGCCGACGGAGCCCAACCAGCCCAGCGAGGCCAUGGCGCACUUCAUGUUCGAGCUGGCCAAGAGCAUUUUGGUCAAAGCCGGCGGCGAUGUCAGCAACGCGCUGUUCCAGCCGGUGGCCGGGCAGCAACUGGGCCUGCCGCACCGCGAGCUGCACAUGUGCGCCUACCAGAUCGGCCUCUACGCACUCGGUAUUCAGAACUGUGUCAGUCAGAACUGGCAGUCGCGGACUUAUUCCUCGCACGUGUCGUGGAUCACCAAUCAGGCGAUGGAGCUGGGCUUCGAGGCGGUCAACUUCCUGAUCGACACCUGGGAGAGCCACCUGACCCCGUCGGAGGUGGCGGUGCUGGCCGACAAGGCCUCGCGCAGCAGCGACCUUCAAAUGGUGCGCGAGGCGGCGGAGUUGGCGCAGUCGGUGCUGUCGCACUCGUCGGCGCUGAACCCCGCGGAGAUCCAGCGCGCCCUGGCGCAGUGCAAGGAGCAGGACGGGCCCAUGCUGGAGCAGGCGCUGCUGGCCGUCGAGGCCUCGGCGCGCGGCGGCGGCGUCUGUCCCGAGGCGCUCUUCGACGUGGCGCGCAAGUGGUACGACCUCUUCGCCGAGGCCACCGGCGAGCUGCCGCUGCUGGCCAACGCCGCCGAGGACGGCCACAACCCCGCCGUCUUCAGCAACAACCACCUGGACCAUCCCGCGCUGCAUCCGCACCAGAACCUGAUGCCGCUGGCCUACCAGCCGCACCUGCAGCACCACCCGCAGUACUCUUACCACCACCACUACGCGCCCAACCCCGCCGCCGUCCUGGCCGUGCUGCGCCACCACCAUCCCUACGUGCAGCACCACGGACUGCUGCAGCAGCAGCCGCAGCGCCACCCGAUGAAUCCGUAUUACCAGCAGAUGCAGCUGGGCAUGCUCAUACCCGGAGGGAUGCCCGCCGUCGUCCGGCCGCCCAUGCAUCGCUUCGCGCAUCCGCAUCCCUCUUUAUCUGGCAUCCCGGGCCUCAACGGGCUGGUGAUGCCGCCGACGCCGGCGGCGGCCAGCGGCAGUAUUUCGCCGGCGGUGCUGCAGUAUUUGACCUCCGCCUACCGUGUGGGCAUGCUGGCCAUGGACACGCUGGCGCGGCGCCUGCCCGACGGCCACGUGAACAAGUACAGCCGCGCGCCGCCGCACGCCGAGUCCAUCAAGUGGCUGGUGGCGGUGUCGUUCAGGCUGGGCAGUCAGUCGCUGCUGGAGAUGUGCCGCGCCGUGGAGAACACGGUGUCCAGUCCGUCGAUGCUGUGGGAGAUCGCGCGCGCCGCCGCGCUCUUCCUGGCCGACAGCGAGUUCCCGCACCGCGAGAUGCUGGACGCCGACCCGGGCACGCGCGCCGCCUUCCAGCAGCUCCUGCUGGACAAGUACCUGCGCGUGCAGGCCGUGCAGACGCUCAUCAAGAAGAGCACGCAGAUGUUCAACCUGUGCCUGCGCCAGAAGCUCCUCUACAUCGCGCCGGCCGACUACGAGGACUUUCUAAGCACGGUGGAGGAGGCGCGCAAGGUGUACAGCCAGCUGGCCAACGUCAACUGGAGCUUCCAGUUCCACAAUUUGUUGACGGAGAUCCGCGAGCAGCUGGCCGGCAAGCGCGACCUGCUGCAGCGCCUCAACGCCAUCACCGGCCAACACCUCGUCCCCAGCAACGUCAACGGCCAUCCCUGACCGCAAUGCGAGCGUCGAACGCCGCCGUGCUGGUCACUCUUGUUGUUUUUAACUCGUUUUUAACCCCUUUUUACUCUUGUUGUGUCCUCGGGGGACGUUUAAGUCUGCUUGCAGUUUAGCGUUUAACCAGCAGAUUUCAGUUAAUUUCGUGCU